AUGGGCUGGUUCGAUGGACCCUCCUCCUCCUCCAAGUCCUCCUCAGGAGGCUACUACGUCCGCCGCCGCGGCUCCCCAACCCGCAGCCACAAAGGGCACUCCUCCUCCAGCUCAAAGGGCUACUCAAACCCCAAUGCCCGACACUCCACAUCCUCAAUCUUCAGUCUCGGCCGAGCCCCAAGCGCCCGCUCCUCCAGCCCAUCCGUCUUCUCGGUAUUUUCCUCGUCGUCACGCCGCGCCCGCCCGCGCGAGGGCUUCGUCCAGCGCAUGAUUCGCUCUAUCAAGAAGCUCAUCCGGGAUAUCUACCGCUACGCGCGCCACCACCCUGUUAAGGUGUUCAUGCUGGUUAUUCUGCCGCUGUUGACGAGUGGCGUGUUGCCCAAGUUGUUGGCGAUGGUGGGGUUGAGGCUGCCGCAUGGAGUGGCGAGUGCGCUGGGGAGUUCGGGGGCUGGUGCGGCGCGUGGGUUUGGUGGGUUAGAGGGUGGUGCUGGGAAGGGGUUGUCGGAGAGUGUGAAUGGGUUGAUGAGUUUGGCGAAGAUGUUUGCCUGA